CAUGGUUAUUGUGGUGUAACUUCAACUAGAAGUAUGAAUCCUGACGGUGAAGAAGAUCUAAUUGAGGCAGACAUCCAACAGUUGAAGACUCAAACGCUUUUAAAGAAUGUAAUUUCCCAGAGUGAUGAGUAUGAGCUAGAAGAGAAGUUGGAUGAGGUUGAGAUGGUUGGCUCUGAAGAUGAUGAAUUGGAUGUUGCCGAUAGUAAUAUGCCAGACAGCAUACAGAAAUACCUAAAUGUCAUCAACAAACGAUCAGAAGGCUUGGAAAAAGACUUAGAGGAAUGUGAACUUCUCUUGAAGGAUGCUUCGCAAGAGGAUGGUGAUGAAUUCUACUACCAGUCUGCUGAGAUGAAAGAAUUGGCUUUUGUACUUGGAGAGGAUCCAGAUGAACUACGAGAUAGGGUCCUGAGUGAAGUUGAAGAUGAGGAACGGAAAGAGUCAGAUCAUGUGAGAGAUCAUGUGGGAGGCCACCUGACAGACCCUGAAACUGACCUUGGAGACAAAACAGACUUACUACAUCAGCAGCUGGCAUUACAUACAACAGGUGAGUUGACAAUGUUUGGAGCAGCAGACUUUUUGGAGCAAAAAGCUUGGAAAGACUUACUGGAGCUGGAUAAUAAACUGAAGCAACAAGAACGCGACAUGCUACAAGAAGCACAACAUCAAAUUCUGCAACAAACAUCAAGAGAUAAACUGAAGGAUCAGAACAGGUCAGCCAAACAAAAACAACAUUCAGAUGAGCUGAAGCAAUUGCAGCAGCAAAGACAGAUAUUCCAGGAGAAGGCAGAACAGGAGCUAGAAUUAGAAUCCAAGAAACGCCAAGAAGACUUCUGUAAGCACCAGGCUGAAAUUGAGAGAUUUGCCCAAGAGACAGAAAAGGAGAAACAAGAGUUUGAACAUCAUCUUGCUGCUGACAGGGAGUUUAAACAGAGACAAAGAUUGCAAGCAGCAACACUCAUUCAGGCUGCAGUGCGCUCAUAUAGAGUUAGAAGGAAGUACCUUCCUCGAUUAAAACGGUUGAGAGAAGAAAGACAACAACGACAGCUUCAGAAUAGACAGAUGGAGAUUGUUGCCUUGAGAAGAGCUGAAGAGCAAAGGAGGAAGCGAGAGAGAGAAGAAAAGAAAAAAAAGGAAGAAGAGGAGAGGAGGAGAAAAGAGGAAAUACGUAGAAGAGAAUUAGAAGAAAGACAGAAGCAAGAGAGACUGGAAAAGGAAAGGAUAGACCAAGAACGGAAAAGAAUAGAGAUGUUGGAAAAACAGAAAAGAGAGGAAGAAAAACACCAGCAUGAAGAACAGUUGAAGAAAGAAAGAGAAGUAGAAGAAAGAACACAGGAAAUUUUGUCCAAAAUUAAAAAUGAGACAAACUCAACUUCUAAAGUUACUGAUGAAAAACUGACAGAUAAUGAGAGAGUGGAUCAUGUAGAUGUGCAUGAUGGGCCAACAUAUGAAUCUGUGGAAGUAUUUUUAACCAAAACACAGGAAAGUCAGACACUAAAGCACAAGUACACUGAUACUGACCUAAUUGAAGGACAACCUGCAAAUACUUCUAUACAAACAUCCAACCAAAUCAUGCCAGACAAGACCUUGGAUACAUCCUUGCCAGCCAAUCCAGCUAUGGAUGUUCAGCUGCAAAAUCAUAACAGUACCUCUUCUCAGGAAGCAGAUAGAGGGAGUCCUAAGUUAAUAUCAGGUGACUCAGUGAGAGAAUGUAUCACCAAGAAAGAGGCUGCAGCUACAAUCUUGAAAGGUUCAACUCUACAGGUCCUUUCAGAAACUAUUGAUGUGUAUCCAGAUAGGAAAGGAGCUGUGUUAGACAGUGAUGCUCAGUGUAAUGCUGGGCAAGCAAUUCUAGAGAAGGUGAAAUCAGUAGAGGACCUCCAUCACCAAAAAAGCAACACAAACCUAGCCCUAGGUGCCAACCUUGAGGCAAGACGGCUCCUAUGGAUACAGGGUUGUGUCUCUCUCAGAUGUCAUAUUAAAGAUGUGGAGUGUAAGGAGACAAGGCGACCAUUAAGGAGAGUCCAUGGUGCCAAUAAACUUCCUGCUCUGAAAGCAUCUCAGUUGCUCGCUGCUUCACAGCCAGGAAGUCAACUCUCGCAGGUAACCACAGUCAUGGUUGAGAAUUCACCGCCUUUUUCACUGUCAUCUCUGACAACUUGUCCUCGUCUUAUAUGUCUGCACAUUGAGCACUGUGGAGUCGUGCUGCUUGAAGGUCUCGAUCAAUGUGCUGAUAUCUCAUAUAUAGAUCUUCAGCAUAACAAAGUUGAAGCACUGCAUUGUUGGGACAAGGCUCAGCUUACCCAACUGAUGCUACAAGACAACAAACUAACAUCAACUUAUGGACUAGAUGGAUGCACUCAACUCAGAUAUGUUCAGCUAUGCAAAAACAAUAUUACUCGAACAGGGGGCUUGGAAUCUCUGACCAAUAUUACUCAUCUGGACAUCAGUCAUAAUCAGCUAGUCGGCAUCAGUGGUAUUGGCCAGCUAGUUCAUCUGCAAGAUCUCAACCUGUCACAUAAUCAUCUGUCAUCUGUACAAGAACUUCACACUUGUUGCUUGUUACAAAGAUUAAACAUAGAAAGUAACAGCUUGGUUGAGAUGCCUCCGGUGCAGGAUCAUGUGUUACUUAACAAUCUGAGAUUGAGUGACAACAGCAUCAGCCAUGUUACCCCAUUGAGUCAGGCCUGGUUACCAAUGCUGCAGCAUCUCUCUUUGGCACAAAAUGGCAUAUUUGAUCUAGCAGACAUAAAGUAUUGUCUUAUGUUAACAAGACUUGACAUCAGUCACAACUGCAUAACAGAUAUGAAUGUGAUUGUUGAGGCUUUGAGGGAAUGUUAUCAACUUCAAGACUUGUGUCUUGAGGGUAACCCUGUCACUCAGGAAGAUCAAUACAGGUGCACUGUGUUGGGUACUUUGACGUGGUUGCAUGUACUUGAUCAUGAAGCUGUCAUGAAGCCUGUGUCUAUACCCUCUGCAAGGACUCCAUUGGAACGAAUGUGUCUGUCACAGUUGCAUGUCCAGGAUAAACUACGAACAACAUAUCAACAGCAUACUGCGUCCAUAAUGGGAAAAUCUGCUAGUAGCAUCCUUCAAGUGCACCAAGUACGAGAUGCCUAUAUGAAGUGUAGUUUGGAGCAAGCAAUUGCACAUCGAUGCAUGCAUGAGACUGCUGACUUGGCAGAGAUUCAACAUGCUUUACCAUGUAGUCAAGAAGCCAUCUUUUAUGAGUAUAUAUCAAUGCAAACAAAUACUGAGGAAUACAGGACAGAAUCUUCCAAUGUAACACCAUUAGAUGGGUGCAACACCAAGGAUUGCAAUGCCCAAAGAGCACUUAGUGGCCAUAGUCCUGUAGAUGACACUGUUAACGUCCCACCAGGAAGGCAGGAUAGUGCUAAUAGUGCCAAGAUUUGUGAUCACAGUCCUACCGUUGAUCACACAAAGACUAUGGAAUUCAUUGCGGGUGUUUCAUCAUGUGACCAAAUGCAACCUGCAGUCAUGGAUUGCAUUCCUGCACCUGAUGUCUUCCCAACUUCUUCCAUUGUAACGCAGCAUCCAAGCAUAUCAGAUCCAUCUCAUCAGACCCAUUUUGUAGGUCCUAGUCCAACAUCUGCUGUAAUCUGCCGGCCAGACAUAGAUGAAAACAGAGGUACUCAGUCACUGCUACAACAAAACAGUCAUGCAGCAACAGUGAUUCAGGCUCGGUGGAAGGGCUACUUGGUCAGACGAAACCUUGAUGUCCAUGCCAAACAGUACUUGGCAGCUCUACGCAUACAGGCAUUGUGGAGAGGCUUUAAAGUCAGGAAGAUGGUAGCAUUAGCCAGACAAGCUGUGCGUUACCAUGACAGUGAGGAUGAAGAUGAAGCUAUGUUCUAUGAUGAGGUUGAUCCAGCAGCAUGGGACUUUGCCCAGGCAAAUGUUGAUAGUGAAUGGUUGCCAUCGGACACUCCCAGUAUACCGAGAAUUCAUCCAUGUGUACCUGCUACUCAGACCCAAGUCCAACCAGUCCAAGCACUUACUCGGCAUGACAUCCCUGAACCACCAAGACAAGCUUGGUAUGCUUCACCCAUACCUCCAGCAAAUGUGUACACUAGCAGAAAUAGUCAAUCAUCACCUCAUCUCAUCAGCAAACCUCCUAUCCCACCAGUGCAUUCAAGUCCAGCAAGUGAUACACCUAGAACAACCAAGAGUCACAAACAGGAUCAGAUAUCACAGGAAUGGGGUUUCAAAGAUUCUACCACAGCAGAGUUAAUGAUGAAGCGUGCUAAGAAAUUGUCUAAAGGAGCAGGCACACACAAGAAAAAAGCACUUGAUCCUUUACAGCGAUAUCAACACAUGAAGAAAGUCCAUGAUUCUACUCGAGUGGUUCCCUCUCCUAAAAGGGGUGUACAGAGACAGGAGUUCUUCCAAGCUCGAGAACAGGAGAUCCAAAAUACAAUGGCAGCACAGAGAAAGGAGAAAGAACACAAAGAUGCUAGAACAUUGGAAUGGGUUCACAGUCAUACUGGAGUUCCAGAUGACAUGUUGCAAGAGUAUGGCAGACAGAGCAGUAGUGAGCCCAAUUUACCUGCUAUUAGUCCCAAUGCAAUACAGGGGAGAGUUCAACUCAUGGCGAGUCCCUUACUGGAGUUGCAGUCUAUUGAUGGUGCUAGCAGCGUAAGCAGUACGUCACAUAGGCCAAGAAGCCAUUCAUUCUCAUCACAUUCACAUGAAGAACUUCGCUUACCAGCAAUUAAGACCAAUUCAGCGCCAAGUGGAAGAACCCGUGAGAGGGGAGGAAUUGGGAGUAACAGGCCAGUGCUCAAAGGAUGGACCAGUAAACGAUGAACUUUACCUUGCCAUUGUGUUAUGGCUGCCUCCCAGAGUAUCCAAGAACCACUUUUUUUUUCCCCAAAGCUACGUUCCAGUAGCUGCUUCCAAGUAAAUUUGUUGGACAUGUUGAUGUGUUUGCCUCUUGCUGCCGAUAGGAUUACAUUGCCUGAUUCAGUCAGAAUGCAUCAAGUACUCCUGCUGUUGCUUUCUACUGUUGUCUGUCAUUCUCACAUGAAAAGUGUGUAAACAAUGGACAGGACUGUACCUCUAUGAAAUGUGUUUGGUGACUUUUCCUGCAGAGGCAGUUUGAUUCAAAGUUUAUGGCAGACCCUGGAGUAGCUGGCUUGUUUGUUGUUCAUGUUGGCCAUGUAUAAUUUUAGUGUCAUCCAAAAAUGAAUGGCUUUACCUUGAGAAUCACCAAUGUAAUUUGUAUAUGUCUGCAGUCCUAAAGUGCUUGUCUUCGUGAAAUGUGUGAUUGGUUAGAGCUCUUUGUCCUCCGUGGAAGUCAUCGAGGUGAUCUUAGAGAAGUACAACUGACCAACACAGUCAUUCUGGAAGUUUAAUUCCUAUCGAAAGAACUCAAUGCCAUAUCACUAUCCAUAAACAACCAAAUGGCUGAAUGCAACACAGUUUGCAUGAUCACCUGGAACACCUGCCUGCACCAUUGUGGCAGCAAGGGGUACAUUUAGUACAAUACAUGCAUGCCAAUACAUGUACAUGUAUUGGCAUGCCUGGUAUCCACUCCGAUUGGAAGAGGUGCACCCCUCUUCAGCCAAGAAAAGAGAGGCUGGUGCACAGUUUUUCAACUGGGUUCAAACAUGCAGUCAGUGCAUAUGCUAAGACCACACAUUUCAACAAAGCUGUUUGAACUGUUGAUUACUGAAAUGGUUGCAUGGGCUUCAAGCAGCUCAUGCCAAACAGACAUGAGUGAAUUCCUUCCAAAAAAGCAUUGUUAGCACAUGCCUUCUCUUGUUCCUACACCGAGUUGAUGGCAUGCAUAAGGUUGUAUACUUCUGAACUACAUGUACUGACCGUGGCUUGAGACAUACACAUGUACUGCAUGUUGUCUGUCAGUUGUAACCGUACCUUUUCUUUCAAACCCUGUGUUCCCAGUUUUAAUUUUACUCUAAUUUUUUCAUGUUUUCUUCAGCCUCAGUGUGUGUUUAGAUUCAUACUCUUCCUCAUUUUGUAUUUUUUCCAUCAUUCAUGUCAAUUAAGUAACAUCAAUACAUCUGUGACCAUUUCCACCCAAGGUGAUUGUUGUGUCUUUGUCAAUUUUCUAUUUGCAGUUCUCAUGAUACAAGUUUCUUGCUGAAUAAUUCUGUUUGUCUCAAUCAUCUCGGGUAAAAAUAAAGUCACUCAUCUGCCUUGAUGUGAAGGCAUCAUGGCAUCUAGUAUACAGAUAUGAUUUUCACAGAAACGGUACCAUUGCUGAUCUUUCUGGCUUGUAAAUGCACAUGUAAGCUGUUACAUGUACAGAUAUGCACUGUACUCAGGGCUCCCGGCAGAAAUAACAUUUAGUUGUUGAAAUAAAUUUUCAAAUUAUUCUAGCCAAAUGAAAUAUGAGAGAUUAUCAUCAUCCAUAAUAAUAACAAUCAUACAUUUCAAACACUUCCAUGUUUAUAUUACUUAUUUUAUUAAUACAAUUGUGGAUUUACACAUUUUUUAUAAACAUUAAUGUUGUUAGUGCAAUAACAUAUAAAUAAUUACAGUACUUGACUGCUGACUUCCAUAGUUAAUUUUGUAAAUAAGGCAAGUCUCAUACUAUAGGCCUUGAAAUUGUCAUGUCAUUUAUGACAUCAGCAAGGGGCAAAUAUUUACACACAAAGAUUUUCAGAGAGAUCCCACCAACAUGUACAAUAGUUCAACCCCCUGUCAGUAUUACCUGGUCUCUGUAAUUCUGUUAUUUAUACCUGUAACAGUGAUGCUUUGUCAAGUACUUAUUGCCGGCAAGAUAAAAAGGUUAGUUAAACAUUAAGUGUCGUUUCCCUCCAGCCUGUUGCUUAUAUAAUAUAAAUGGAAGUAAAGGUGUAUAUUGCAGCCAGUGUUGUUGUCAAGACUGUUAUAAGACCAGUCACAAGAAACAGGCUAGACAGUGACAAAGGAAUGCUUUUGUUGCAGUUCAUAUGAAUAGUUUGUGACUUGAAUUCAGACUGGAGGUUAUGAUGGCCUUGUUUGAUCUUGUGAUGGUCAGAAGAGGUCUCAACCACAACACUGAUCGCAGGUAUGAUACUUUUCCUAUUUUAAAAGAUUUCAGUAUUUUUUCCCAUCGGUUUAUCCCUCAGUUUUCAACAUUCUGUACUGUAGUAACUAUAGUUUUGGGGUCUGCAAGGAAUUUUUCAGAGUCAGUUAUCCAAUAUUGAGACAACUGCUCACAGUCAUUUUAAGGCCCAUAUUUCUUUUACUGUAUUGGUCCAUAAAUAUUAUCAACGUAUGCGCAAGUCCUGACUUUCACUUUUUGCUGUGCAUAAACAGACUGUAAAUAAAAAUAUGAAUGUCUACAUUAGGUCACUACGACAAGCGCACUGAAUCUAAAGAGGAAAUUGUGCUGAGCCACACGGCACUAUUGUACUUAUGUGGGACGUUAAAAUGUAAAUAGGAUGUUAAUGAUCAAUAUAUAUUGCAGUGUUUAUUGUUGUGGAAUUCUGCACGGUCCUUAACAAAAUAUUCAGUCUCAGAUACUUGAGAAUGACAAUACAACUUGAUUCAAUUUAUUCCAGCAAUUAGAAAUAAAAGAUCUAAUAUUGUUGAAUUUUG